CACACCUCGAUAUACAAGCUCGCGGUUGGACAACCAGUUGCAGCGAUAAGCGAUUGAAGGGCCUCUCGCGAAGCAUUCCUGCAACCGUCGAACUUGGCGCCGAAAACCACCACACGUGCGGCUGCUGCAGGCCCAAAAAGCAUAUUGGCUGCCAUAAAACCAACGCGCCACGCGCGGCACAAGCUAGCAAAAUGCGCACACGCAGCCGAACAGCCAAACAUACAACACUCGACAAGAUAGCUCAUCCCCACGAUGCGCCGUACACACCGUCGCGCGCCCGAUUAGUGAUCGCGACGGCAGUACUAGCCGCACUAAUAGCAAUCAUACCAAUCGGCGCCGCAUCCAUACAAAACGGCUGCACGAUGACGCGCAUGUGGCCGUACUACGAGGACGCGAAGAUCAACCACGGGCGCUACGGCGUACUUAGGUAUCGAGAGCGCGGCCGCGACCCCUACGAGGCUAAGGAGGGUGCGAUAUUGUUCCUGCCGGGCAACGCCGGCGACGCAAGGCAAGUUAGAAGUUUGGGCCACGAGGUCGACCUACUAAAAGGCGCGGCGGUCUACGCCUGCGAUUUUAAAGGAGAGUGGUCGGCCUUCGACGGCCGGAUUGUGAGGAGGCAGGCGCGCUUCGCGAAGCGGGUCACCAAGAUUCUGGCGAAGCGCCACAGUUCGAAAGUCGUGGUGGUGGGCCACAGCAUGGGUGGGGUGGUCGGAUUAUUAGCGGCGGAUCAAACAGAAACGAUUUCCGCCGUCGUCGCGCUCGCGACGCCGUUGGCGGCGCACCCCUUCGCCUUCGAGCGGCAUUUGGCAGGGAUCUACCCGCUUCCCGACAAAACACCGCUCGCCAAGAUAAGUGGCGGGCCGCGCGACUGGCAGGCGCCGAGUUGGCUCGUCGGCGGCGUCGAGGCAUCGAGCCUGCCCGGCGCGGCCCAUAUUGGGGGAGUGGACCACCAGUGCGCCUGCUGGUGCAACGAACUCAUCACGAGGGUAGCACACGUCGUGCACGCGCCUUCUGAAAAUUGGGAGAAACUUACCGAACUGCGAGGCUCGGACACGGCGGGCGCGUCCCUGGGUGCCGCGCGGCGCCACUUCCGGGGCGGCCCGGCGGGCGCGUCGCAGCUGGCUUCUUUUUUAGUGCCGCGCGUGCCAUCCUUACUAAUCGCGGCCGCGCUGGCGCCCGGCGACGUGUAUACGUUUACGGCAUUGACGGCGUUUCUCGUGGAACCCGAUGGACUCUCGAAGGCGGCGUUGGCGCUGCUGCUUGUGGUGUUAGCGUACGUCGUCGCGAUUCCAUUGGGAGCGGCGCUCGGCCCCGCGGCCAACCGGGCCGCGAAGGCGGUGUCGAACGGCGCCUGCGCGGAGGUCGUGGCCCGGAAAGUGGCUACGGUGCGGUGGGCCGCGGCGGCCCUGUGCGGUGUCCACCCGGCCCUGGGCCUCUACGCCGCCGCCUGGUUUUGUUCGACGGCCGACGGCGGCCCGCUCUGGGCCGCAGCAUUAUCAUCGCUGCCGUCCCUGGCUUCCGCGGCCUCGGCUCGCCGAUUUCUGUCGCCCGAACCGCUCGCGGCACUGGUAUGUAUCGGGCUCGGGGCCGGGCGGCGGCGCCGUUUUUCUAGGCGCCUCGGCGCGCUCUGGGCGGCGUACGGCGCGGCGGCGGGGGAGCCCUCGAAGGCCCUCGAGGCCCUCGGCGUCGUCGCUCUCUUGGACCUCGGCGCGGAGUUUGUUGUGCGAAGGUAA